AUGGUCUUCUCUGCCAAUACUUCUGAUCAAAAACAACCCAUCAUCAAUAAUACUAAUAUGAAUAAUAACUUUCAAUCCUUCUUUUAUCAAGCUCAUCUUUCUGCUGGGGGGAGCAAUACUAACAAUCAUCAUCAACAACCACCACUACUAGCCAAUCAAUCUAAAAGUCCAGCGAAUAAUUACUUGCCAGGCACUGCCAAUGGACAAAUUAAUAAUAAUCUACAUGAUUAUCUGUAUCAACUUCAACAACAGAAGCAAUCACCUCAACAACCAUUGUUGCCCUUGUCGAAUUCAUCUUCCGAAGAGGAAUUAUCAGACCCAACUAAUGAUUUCAUCAAUACUUACCAUCAUCCCUCCACCGAAUCACUUUAUGGCAGCUCAUUGUAUGAAGGUGAUGAACAGGAGGAAUUUAUGGAUGAGAGUAAAAUAUUGCAAAUGAAUGGAAUUUCCAUCAUCAAUAAUAGUAAUAACGAAAUAGAUCAUCAACAAUCUAAGCACGUAUUGAAUGGAGCACAAUCAUCACCAUCCUCCUCCUCAGCCUCUGUAAAUAUUCUCAAUCAAAUUAAUCACCAACAUCAUCACAAUACUACCACCACAACUGCUGAUAAACAAGUUGGUUCUUCUUCCAUCAAUUAUAAUGGUGGAUUGUAUCAACAACAACAGCCACUAUUGAUUACUGCAUCACAAUUGCAACAAUUCUUCCCUGUGAAACAAAAGAUUAAGAAGGCAAUCUUGUAUAUUGAUCUGGAUAAUUUCCCAAUUUCUAGACCUUCUGAAUAUUUGGAAAUGUUAGCCAAGAUUAAAUCCAAAUACUCUAUUGAUGUGACAGCAAAGAAGAUAUUUGGAGAUUUGAAUCAAUUUGAAAAACUUCCAGUUGACUUUCAAUUCUCACAUCAAUUAAUCAUUUGUCCAAAGGUUUCAUCAAGAAAGAAUACGACAGAUAUUGCAUUGACCAUUGAGGUCAUUAAGGAUUUGGAGAGAAAGAAACCAUUCGAUGUGUUUAUUAUUGCCUCGUCUGAUUCGGAUUUUGUUCCGGUCGUUAAGGCCAUCAGAGAUGAGGGCAAGGAAUGUUGGAUUUUGCCAUCUCACAAUUAUCCUCACCAAACUUUGAUGAGCAUUUGUAAUGGCAUUCUUGAUUUCAACUCACAACAAAAUGUGAGUAAUCCUCUUCAAGAGUUGAACAUUCCAUCCAAGCCAUCUCAAGUGGCCAACAAGACGAGUCCAAACACAUCUCCAAGAAAGAAGGAAGUACUUCCUGUUCCAAAGGUUCAUGUCAAGACGAAUCAUAUUCCUCCUUCUCAAAACAAGUUAUCUAUUGUUGAGGUUAAAUCAAUGAUUACAAAGAUUAUUAGAAAAUUAGAGUUUAGUGGUGUGAAAAUUUUCAACCUGUCAUGUAUUCAUGAACAAUUGAGAGACAAAUCCAUUAUUUAUCACCACUAUGGAUAUCCAACAUUCAGAGCUCUAUUCGAAGAAUGGAGUCAAGAGAAUCCAAAAUACAAAUUCGAAAGAAAUGAAAAGGAUGGUCAAUUAUCAUUUGCUCAAGAGGUACACCCAAAUAUCUUACAUAGACCACCACAAACAGUCCCUCAAACAGCCUCCACUAACCUUACCUAUUCCAAUGUAAAAAUACUCCCAAAACCAACUAGCAGCACAAGCCUCUCUUCAAGUAAUGAAAGUCCUGAACCAUCUUUUAAACCAAAGGGAAGUAGGAAAGCUUUGAAGAAUGCCAUUACCCAAAUUCUCAAAAAUCUCCACCAAGCCAAUCCAAAGGGAAGUUUUAACAUGUCCUUUGUAAAUGAGAGAAUGAGAGAAAGAAGUCUCAAAUACAAGGAACAUGGCUAUGAUUCCAUGAAAACUCUUUUCACUGAAUGGAAACAAGAACAUCCAACAGCAUUUCUUGGUGUUCGUGAAAAGAGUGGCGAAUUAUACUUUUUGCCAACCUUCUCUCUUUAA